UUGCGUGCCCCUCCCCCCCACAACACUUUCAUCACCUGGAAACGGCACCAGAGCCGCAGAGCGGCCGACUGGUUUCAUGGCAGCCCAGAAGAAAGCAGUUGUGGGGCCGUUGGUGGGGGCGGUGGUCCAAGGGACUAAUUCCACUCGCUUUCUGGUUUUCAAUUCAAAAACAGCGGAUCUACUUAGUCACCAUCAAGUGGAAUUAACACAAGAGUUCCCAAAAGAAGGAUGGGUGGAACAAGACCCAAAGGAAAUUCUUCAGUCUGUCUAUGAGUGUAUAGAGAGAACGUGUCAGAAACUUGUUGAACUGAACAUUGAUAUAUCCAACAUAAAAGCUAUUGGUGUCAGCAAUCAGAGGGAAACCACUGUAAUCUGGGACAAGUUAACUGGAGAGCCACUCUACAAUGCUGUGGUGUGGCUUGAUCUAAGAACCCAGCCUACCGUUGAAAAUCUUAGUAAAAAAAUUCCAGGAAAUAAUAACUUUGUCAAGUCCAAGACAGGCCUUCCACUUAGCACUUACUUCAGUGCAGUGAAACUUCGUUGGAUUCUUGACAAUGUGAGGCAAGCUCAAAAGGCUGUUGAAGAAGGUAGAGCUCUUUUUGGUACCAUUGAUUCAUGGCUUAUCUGGAGUUUGACAGGAGGAGUUAAUGGAGGUGUCCAUUGUACAGAUGUAACAAAUGCAAGCAGGACAAUGCUUUUCAACAUCCAUUCUUUGGAAUGGGAUAAAGAGCUCUGUGACUUUUUUGAGAUUCCAAUGGACAUUCUUCCAAAUGUAUGGAGCUCUUCUGAGAUUUAUGGCCUAAUGAAAGCUGGGACCUUGGAAGGUGUGCCGAUAUCUGGGUGCUUGGGGGACCAGUCAGCUGCACUGGUAGGACAAAUGUGCUUCCAAGAGGGACAAGCCAAAAACACGUAUGGGACUGGCUGUUUCUUACUAUGUAAUACAGGUCAUAAGUGUGUAUUUUCUGAACAUGGCCUUCUGACCACAGUGGCUUAUAAACUAGGCAGAGACAAGCCAGUAUGUUAUGCACUGGAAGGUUCUGUUGCUAUAGCUGGUGCUGUUAUUCGCUGGUUAAGAGACAAUCUUGGAAUUAUAAAGACCUCAGAAGAAAUUGAAACACUUGCUAAAGACGUAGGUACUUCUUACGGCUGCUAUUUUGUGCCAGCCUUUUCAGGGUUAUAUGCACCAUAUUGGGAGCCCAGUGCAAGAGGAAUAAUCUGUGGUCUCACUCAGUUUACCAGUAAAAAUCAUAUUGCUUUUGCUGCAUUAGAAUCUGUUUGUUUCCAAACCCGAGAGAUUUUGGAUGCCAUGAACCGUGACUGUGGAGUUCCCUUCACUCAUUUGCAGGUAGAUGGAGGAAUGACCAACAACAAAAUUCUUAUGCAACUACAAGCAGACAUUCUGCAUAUUCCAGUAAUGAAGCCCUCUAUGACUGAAACAACUGCACUGGGAGCUGCCAUGGUUGCAGGAGCUGCAGAAGGGGUGGGCAUUUGGAGUCUUAAACCCGAGGAUUUGUCAGUCAUCAUUAUGGAACGGUUCGAGCCACAGAUCAAGGUGACAGAAAGUGAAAUUCGUUAUGCUACGUGGAAGAAAGCUGUGAUGAAGUCAAUGGGCUGGGUUAUAACUCAGUCUGAAAAUGGCGAUCCUACCAUCUUCUCUAGUCUGCCCUUGGGCUUUUUUAUAGUGAGUAGCAUGAUAAUGUUAAUUGGAGCAAGAUAUAUCUCAGGUAUACCAUAAUAAUACCAAGAUGGAUUCCCAACAUGUGAGCUUUUUACAUAAUGAAAGAAUCCAGCAAGUCUGCCUCUUAAUAUGAUGAUGCUAUCAUAGACUCUGAUUUUAUUUAUAAACCACUUGCUGCAUGACUGAUGGGAACCCCAAAAGUAGACCUGUGGCUUGAAAUAAAUAAAUUACAGUAAAAAACACU